AUGUCUGUUCUUGAUUCAGUCCACAUAAGUUGGCAAGUUAUUGGAGAUGGAUCCUUAGCCACGGGGAAUGGAUCAAAUGGGAGUCACGAUCCAAUACACUCAGUUGGACCACAAAGAGUUUUUGCAGCACAAUUGGUCUUAACACUCACAUCCGGUAUUUUACUAUUCCUACUAUUCUGUAUCAUGAGAUAUAGAUGGCCCCAUAUAUAUGCUGUUCGAACAUUGCGACAACAAGCCAAAAACAUUUUAAAACCGUUACCAAAUAAUCUCUUUGGCUGGAUAAAAGUGGUUUAUAAAUUGUCAGAUGAUGAAGUAUUGUCAUAUUCAGGGUUGGAUUGCUAUGUUUACUUAUCAUUUUUCAAAAUGGGGAUCAAGAUCUUUUUUGUAUUGGCUAUAUUUUCAGUUGCCAUUUUGAGUCCUAUACGAUACUACUUUACUGGAAAUUAUGACAAAGAGAGUAUAAGCCUGAAGCCGAAGAAUCCUGAUUUUCGCGAUGAUUUUCCUAGGUUCUUGUGGGUGUAUCCUAUCUUUACAUACUUGUUUUCCGUGGUUGUGUUUUACUAUUUAUAUGAAUACACUGACAAAGUGUUGAAAACUAGACAAAAAUACUUAGCUUCACAAAACUCAAUUACAGAUCGAACGAUUCGUUUAGACGGGAUACCGAAAAAGUUACUUAGCAGAGAAAGGAUCAAGAAAUUUAUCGAAGAUUUAGGUAUUGGAAGAGUUAUGGAUGUCAAGUUGAUAUACGAUUGGACGCCACUUGAAACUAAACUUGAGGAAAGAGGAAAAUUGGUGAGACAGUUGGAGUACUCAUAUGCCUCGGAAUACAAGAUGAAUAUCAACAUUUAUAACCAACAGCGCAUUCCCGCAGUUAACCCCGACUGGGAUGAACCAUUGGAUAAUGUCAAAGCAAGGGAACUGAUAGACCAGUUGUCAAAAGAACUUGUCCAACUUGAUGACACCAUCAGAUCGAUUCAGAGCAAAUUUGAUCCUGAAUCAACAACUAUCGAUGCAAAACAACAUCCGGAGUUUAGGGUUGUACCGUCUGCAUUCAUUACAAUGGACUCAGUUGCAUCGGCCCAAAUGGCAGCUCAAGCAAUAUUAGAUCCCCGAGUAUAUAAAUUGAUUGUUAGUUUAGCUCCAGCACCGCAAGACAUCAUAUGGGGAAGUUUCAAGUUACAAUACAGUGAAAAGCUUUUGAAAUCUUACUUGAUUACAUUUUUAAUAGUUUUGAGUUAUGGAUUUAUCAUAUUCCUAGUCGUUCCCUUGACAUCAUUGCUCGAUUUAAAAACAAUCACCAAGUUUUGGCCAGCUCUUGGUCAUUUCAUCGGAAAGUCCAAGUGGUUGACAACUUUUGUCACUGGUAUUCUUCCACCAUUGUUGUUCACCUUGUUGAACAUUCUGUUUCCCUAUUUUUACCGAUACUUGUCUCGAUUCCAAGGAUACUCUUCCAACAGUGAACUUGAAUUGUCAACAUUGUCCAAAAACUUCUUUUUCAUAUUCUUCAACUUAUUUUUGAUUUAUGUUGCCGCUGGUACAUUUUGGGAUUAUAUGUCAUACAUCAGUGAUACCACCAAGAUUGCAACUCAACUUGCAACGUCUCUAAGACGUAUGUCGUUGUUUUACGUUGACUUGAUUUUGUUGCAAGGGUUGACCAUGUUUCCAGUGAAGUUAUUACAAGUGGGAGAUCUUUUCUUGUUGAAUGUUAUUGGCAAGCUCUUUUUCUUAAAGUCAUUCAUUUUGAAAACUGCUAGAGACUACAGGUCAUACUACUACACCCCACAAAUACUCGAUUUUGGAAUUAACCUCCCACAACAUAUCAUGAUCUUCAUGAUUAUUUUGAUCUACUCGGUGGUCUCUACAAAGAUUGUCACUUGUGGAUUGAUAUACUUUAUAAUGGGCUUGUUUGUUUACAAGUACCAAUUGGUAUAUAACUUUGUCCACCCGUCUCACUCCACUGGUAAAAUAUGGCCAAUUGUUUUCCGUCGUGUUAUAUUAGGGUUGAUAAUUUUCCAAUUGUUUAUGUGUGGGACUUUGGCAUUGGAUAGCGCAAUUUUGUUGUCAUUGUUGUGUACACCAUUGAUAUUUGUGACAUUGGGUGUCUUGUACAAUUUUGAAAAGAACUAUGUGCCAUUAUGCGAUUUCAUUGCUUUGAGGGCCAUUUUAAAUCCAUAUGAUUUCAACAAAUUAUUUGAAAAUGAUGACCAGCUGUUUAAUUCUGGUGAUAGUCAAAGCGAACAAGGAUCAACGUCUGCUAUCUUGGAUGAUGGGGAAGAAGAGAGUGGUAAUGUACCAAUCUUGGUAAAUGAUGGAGAUGGACCGUUGGAUGAGUCAUCUCUCUUGAAUGCAGGUGAAGAGGAGCCAAAUACCCUGGUAGUAGUCAAUGAAGAGAGAUCACAAAAGAAACUCUCGCGAAGAAAAUCAACUAUUGAUGAAGAGCGUGAACAAUUUACUGAUUACACAUACCCACCAUUGAUUGAUCCCUUGAACGGACCAUGGGUGGGAUUUACUGGAAACGUAGUAUCAAUCGUGGAAUAUCGAGGGGGGGUUGAAAAUAUUUUGGAAAAUGGUCGAUACGGAGCUACAAAUGAUGGAACCAUUAUUUCCACCACGGACACGGAGGUGAUUGUCAACAAAGUGCUUUCAGUAAGUGAGUGGGAGUGA